UGUUAAGUUUCAUCUCCUUUCUCUCUCUAAAAUGUCGGCGUAUUUACGUUUUUAAGAUUAUUAAUAGCGAAUCUUCAGAAAACUUCUUCACAGGGAGACCCAUCACUUGAUUUAUUUCGAAAAGGAUCGUCGUUAUAAAGGGUUUUCUGCAACUCUGUUAUGGGUUCUCGUUUUUCUGCUCUCAUAUCGUUGAACAGUGCAAUUUACUAGUUGGCAUCUUCAUCGUUUUCGAGUUGGAGCUCGAAUUAGGCGAUAAUUUUUCAGGGUUUUUGAACUUAUGGAUUUUCGCUACUUCUUUUGCUGCACAAGAGGCUCCGAUCGGAAAGAGAAAGAGAAGAAACAAUCAACAUGGAGGAUAUUUUCAUUGAAGGAGUUGCAUUCUGCUACAAACAAUUUUAAUUAUGACAACAAGCUUGGUGAAGGUGGAUUUGGCAGUGUCUACUGGGGCCAACUAUGGGAUGGAUCUCAAAUUGCAGUUAAAAGGUUGAAGGUUUGGAGCAACAAAGCAGAAAUGGAAUUUGCUGUGGAGGUUGAAAUACUCGCACGAGUUAGACACAAGAACCUGCUUAGUUUACGUGGUUAUUGUGCAGAAGGACAAGAACGGCUAAUCGUGUAUGAUUACAUGCCUAAUCUCAGUUUGCUGUCUCACCUUCAUGGCCAACAUUCUUCUGAAAGCCUUCUUGAUUGGCCACGGCGAAUGACCAUCGCCACUGGCUCUGCAGAAGGAAUUGUUUAUCUUCACCAUCAUGCAACACCACACAUAAUACACAGAGACGUUAAAGCAAGCAACGUCUUGCUAGACUCUGAUUUCAAAGCCCAAGUGGCCGAUUUUGGAUUUGCAAAGCUAAUACCAGAUGGUGCAACACAUGUAACCACGCGGGUAAAAGGAACUCUUGGGUACCUAGCCCCAGAAUACGCAAUGUUAGGGAAGGCAUCAGAGAGUUGUGAUGUUUACAGUUUCGGGAUUCUUUUACUCGAGCUCGCUAGUGGCAAGAAACCCAUUGAGAAGCUAAACGCAACCACAAGACGGUCUAUCACAGAAUGGGCUCUGCCAUUGGCAUCUGAAAGAAAGUUCAAUGAAAUUGCAGACCCAAAACUGAACGGAAACUACUUAGAAGAAGAGUUGAAGAGGGUUGUUCUUGUUGGUCUCGUAUGUGCACAUAAUCAGCCCGAAAAACGACCCACGAUGCUUGAGGUGGUUGAGUUGCUAAAGGGGGAGUUGAAAGAAAGAUUUGAUGCAAUAGAAAACAAUGAGAUGUUUAGAAUAAGCCAGGCUGGUGAGUGCAAUGAUGAGGGAUCGGUUGCAGGUGAAAGUUUGGAUUUUCUUUCAGAAGAGAAAAACGAAAAACAAGAAAUUGAGAAGGCAGAGAUAUAGAGGAUAAAAAGCCGUAGUUGUAAAAAGGAUUGUUUUUUUUCUCCUUUCUUUCUUUGUUUUUCCAGGUAUGCUGAUUGAUUAAGCUAUGUAUUGAGGGUGUGGUGUGCUGAAUUGUGAUAAUUAUCGUUAUAUAGUGUGGUGAAUUCGAACA